UCGAGGCGCGCCUCCCCCGCCUGUCUCCGUUAUCCACUCGGUCACUACCCGACCCGGAGCUCCCGACCGCUCCGCUUCCCCCUCCGCCUCCAAUGGCGCUGUCCCCGCCGGCGCCGGCCAACUCCUCCUGCUUCCACCCGCGCGCCGUCGCCACCGCGCCCUCAUCCCUCAGCGUCGGCACCAAGGUAUUCGUCGGGUUGAAGGCCCAGACCAAGCUAGGCUCGUCGGAGUCGUCUUGCCCGAAUGUCACCGCCGGCUUCUACACCGCCGUCAACCGGAGGAUCUCUCUGGGAUUAUCAAACAAGAGGGCUACCAGGGCACGCAUUUCAAUGAUGCCUGUUGGUACACCACGGGUACCUUACAGAACACCUGGUGAAGGAACUUGGCAAUGGCUUGAUAUAUGGAAUGCUCUGUAUCGGGAACGGAUUAUCUUCAUUGGGGACAGUAUAGAUGAAGAGUUUAGUAACCAAGUGUUGGCAAGCAUGUUGUAUCUUGACAGCAUUGAUAACACCAAAAAGAUUCUUCUAUACAUUAAUGGACCAGGAGGAGAUCUUACACCAUGCAUGGCACUAUAUGAUACAAUGCUAAGCCUAAAGAGCCCUAUUGGUACUCAUUGCCUGGGUUUUGCAUUCAACUUGGCAGGAUUCAUUCUUGCAGCUGGUGAAAAGGGUUCACGUACUGGUAUGCCUCUUUGCCGAAUUUCACUUCAAUCACCUGCUGGAGCGGCUCGAGGACAGGCUGAUGAUAUAGAAAAUGAAGCAAAUGAACUUAUUAGAAUCAAGAACUAUCUUUAUGGCAAGUUGUCAGAGCACACAGGCCAUCCUGUUGACAAGAUUCAUGAAGAUCUAUCUAGGGUGAAGCGUUUCGAUGCCGAAGGAGCUUUGGAAUAUGGAAUUAUUGAUCGUAUUAUUAGGCCUUCUCGGAUCAAGAAAGAGGGAUCAACUGCUCAAAAGAAGGAUCUACGAAAUCUGGGACUUGGCUAAUAGAUGUUACAUCCGUUAUACACGUCGGAUUGUAUUGUUACCCCUCUUUACCCCCGCUAUGAAAUCCUACUGCCUUGUUUCAUCAACGGAAGUUUAUGUGAAGAUACGAGACUUGUUUUGUUGUCUCCAGCGGUAUUGAAACUAACAGACAAUAAUAUAGCAGGCAGAAAGAAAUGUAGUGGAUCAAUGCCACAUCUCAUUUCUCAUACAUUUUUAGUCA